AUGCCUAAAAGAGAAAAGACCCCCUCUCCUGGUCCAGAUGAACCCAAAUUUCUGAGUAUAUUCUACCCAUGGCCCCCCUACGUAACACUCGAGCAAGAAGAGGAAUCAAAGAAAUGCGCGCGUUGGCUAGCCUGUUUUAUUGGAAAGGAUAAUCUUUAUGCUAUGUUCCAUAAGCCAAGUUCACCCAACGUGAUCAUUAUCGAGAUCAAUAAUGAACUUACUGAUGAGAAAAUGCGAAAAAUACUGGGGGAGCAUGACUGGAAGACUGUGUUUCCCAAAUAUGACCCUGACGAGGGAGUCACACAUUCUCAGGUAUUCUAUUCAACAUUCCGGAGCCGGAGAGAAGUCGAAAAGACAGGAUGGAAGAUCAGACCUGUUGUAGACGAAUGGUUCAAGGGCUUCAAUCCUACCAAAGGUAAACAGGUUAAUUACCCAUACCCACCCACAACCUUCUGUGAGCCACCGAGUCUCGCAGAAGAAGUAAACGCAUUACAAUUGUUUCGGUACCUACCUGGCGACAUUUUCCCAGAAGCCCGCCGGCGCCCGCCCGUAACCGAGACGGUCUCGGCACCUCCUACUGUUCCACCGCCUCGCAUCGUACCUGGUAGCGGUGGAAAGGCUGGUACUAGCAGUGGAAACGUCAAUGCAGCAGGUGGCAAGGGGAAGAAAAAGGGGGCCGCCGACCCCAAUGUACGUACUGCGGCUCCUAUCACGCGUACUACGGAGGCCAGCGCCAAGGCCAAAGCCACACACAACCAGCCUAUCAAAAUGGCAAGCGUGUAUGAUGAGGACAGCGACGGCGAUGAAGGGUACGGAAAUUACGCCAUGCAUCAGCAGGAAGAAGAAGAAAAGCCCAAGGGGGUUAAACCAGAUGCUGUCAAGGAUCUAGCCAAAGGGGUAGAAGACGUUCAACUUAAAGACGAUUAUUAUCAAUACUCAGCACCGCCGCUGGAGGACCCAUUCAUUCGGGCCAAGCAGGAGGAGGUGCCGCUAUCUGAAGACGAAAUUUGCCCGACUCAUAAGAAAAAGUGCAAACCCGGGAUUUGUCAGUGGGCUGCAGAGAAGAAGCGCGCUGAGAAACAGCGCCAGAGCCGCACUGGUGGUCGUUCAGGGCAAAAUACCCGCCGCUGGUAA